AGCUUUGUGAAGAAAUGCAAAUGUUCAAGUUCUCGAGGCAGACUGAGAAGUUGGGCUGAAAAACUGAAGCCUGACGCUAGCGUUCUCUGUCUCGCACAAGGCUGGUUAACAGUCUGCGUUCAGGAUGAAGCUUUGUGGAGCUCUGAUCGUGUUGAUGACUCUAUCUGCAGCAUGUGGAUUAAGAUGCUACACAUGCACAGCCGCCGACCCCAGAUCCUGUAUAGACACCAAAUCUUGUCCUGUUAUCUUCAACCGCUGCUUUUCUCUCAGAGUAGACGGUUACGACAUGGUUACGAAGGGCUGCCAAACCAGCAUGGCAUGUGUAGGUGCUGUGGCUUGCUGUGAAGGGGAUUUGUGCAACAGCGUCAUGCCAACUGGUCCCAGUGUCUUCCUGCUGCUGGUGUCCUCCGCCAUCCUCGUGAUCUUUCUCUGAGGCUCAGGAAAUGUGCUUAUUUUGAUGCUGCACGUUAUUUCUGAUUCAGUUUGUACAAGUAAAGAAGAAAUAAAACAUUUUUAGUAUCAGGCUGUGAAUUAAA